ACGGGAGAAGGAGAGGAGAGAUGAAUCGGAUUCAUCUAAUAAAAAAAGAACAGACCUGCUGGUCAAGCGCACACGACUUGCCACACGUGCGCUGCGUGCGUGGCGGCGUGUGCACGUGUGCAGCCUCCGCACGCGGCGACGAUUCUCCAUGUGGUGCACUUUUCCACCAUGUGGAGUCCGUCGCACGGCAUUGAAUCAGCCGAGCGCGAGUAUCAUGUUGCGCCGUCUUCGCCACGACGUUAACUGAGGUGACUUUCACCAAGUAUGCAAAAAAAAACUCACUCAAGAAUAUGUAAGUAUAACGGAGUGAGAGGUGGUAUGACCGUAGGGUCGAGAUAAUGCAUGUGGAGUUACACAGACAUAUGUUCUGUACAUUAAUAAUAAUGGUCAUCGUGUCGCAAGUGAUGAAGUAAUUUUAUUUAACAACUUAGGGCUGAGUUUACUCCUGCUUUACUCCUGCAUUCAGUUCAUUUAGAGUACAGCCAGGUAUAUUUUGCUAAUUAUUAGUAAAGCUGUAAUAAAGUUGUUUGUAGACGCUAAUGAUCUGCGAGAAGCAAAUCACGUUCGAUUGAUGUUUAUCAACGUGGCAUUUGCAUACGUGUUGGUGGAUUAAAGAAGCAUUAGCUGAUAACGCACAACACUGUUUGAAGUCUUUAUUACUAUCUCCUUCGCUAUUAAUGUUAUCUCAGGGUCAUGUCAUCUCUUAGAAUGUGAUUAACGUGCAUAGUAUGGUUGGCUGACGGCUUCUUCCUCCUUAUAGUUGAUGCCUGGGCUCGCCGUCGAGUGUUCAGUCGACUUUGCUCGACGCGAGAUUGCAAAUGCAAUUGGGGAUCCAUCCAGGCACGACAGACAUGGACUUCUACGUAGGCGUGGAUGUGGGAACGGGAAGCGUCCGGGCGGCUCUGGUCUCCUCGAGCGGAAAAAUAAAAAAAGUGGCUACGUGUCCGCUCGAGAUAUUUCACCCUGCGCCGAACUUCUAUGAGCAGUCUUCCGAUAACAUUUGGAGCGCCGUGUGCCACGUUGUCAAAUCGGUUGUUGCUGACAUCUCUGCGGAGAAUGUUAAAGGAAUUGGAUUCGACGCUACUUGCUCAUUGGUGGCAGUGGACGAAGCAGGUUCACCGGUAACAGUUAGUCCUACAGGGCAGGAGAAGCAAAAUGUCAUACUGUGGAUGGAUCAUAGAGCACAGGAGGAAGCUGACAUUAUCAAUUCUAUAGGUCACGAUAUACUGCAAUAUGUAGGUGGUAAGGUUUCCCUCGAGAUGCAAACGCCGAAAAUGUUGUGGCUCAAGAAGAAUUUGCCUGCUUCCUGGAAUUCUGCUGCACUGCUAUUCGAUCUACCAGACUUUUUAACAUGGAAAGCCACCGAAUCGGAAUCGCGAUCUUUGUGUUCAUUAGUGUGUAAGUGGAAUUAUAGCGCCAAUCCCGUCGGUAAGAACGGAUGGGACGAAGACUUCUUCGAGCAACUCAAUUUGCGGGAUCUGAAAAAAGAUAAUUGGAAAAAAAUAGGUAACGAUGUAAGGGUACCUGGUGACGCGAUUGAGGCUGGACUAUCGAUGAAAGCCGCGGCAGAAUUGGGAUUAUUGAAAGGUACACCGGUUGGGACCUCGUUGAUUGACGCACACGCCGGUGGUCUGGGGAUGAUCGGAUGUUACGCGUCGGAUGUGUCGUCGAAUUUCUCCAACCGAUUGGCUUUGAUUUGCGGUACUUCGACUUGUCACAUGAUAGUGAACGAGAACAAGAUAUUCGUAAAUGGCGUUUGGGGUCCGUAUUACAGCGCGAUGGUGCCCGGUUUUUGGCUCAAUGAGGGAGGUCAAAGUACCACCGGAAAAUUGCUCGAUCAUAUUAUCGGUACACAUCCUGCAACGCCGGGAAUCCUGAAGACCUUAGGCGGCAACAAACACAUUCAGCAAUAUCUGUCCGAACUAUUGCAUGUUAUGGCUGAGCAGAAAAAUCUACAGAACGUGUCGUAUCUGACGAGGGAUAUACAUGUGUGGCCAGAUUUCCAUGGUAAUCGUUCGCCCCUCGCCGAUCCAACAUUGAAAGGAAUGAUAUCCGGGUUAUCCUUAUCUGUGGACGAGGAGAAUCUAGCGUUAUUAUACUUAGCAACAGUGCAAGCGCUAACGUACGGUACAAAACAUAUAAUCGAAGUCUUGUCAGUGGCCGGUCAUAACAUAGAGAGUAUAUUGGUCUGUGGUGGACUUAGCCAGAAUCCAUUGUUUAUUCAAAUACAAGCCGACGUGUUGGCGUUACCGAUACUCUGUCCUGUUGAACGAGAAUCGGUUUUGGUGGGCGCUGCAAUCCUCGGAGCAUGUGCCACAAAAAAAUAUUCCAUGCAUGAGACUGUUCAGAGAAUGGCAGGGUCAGCAAACGUAGUGAAACCGACGAGUGAAUGUUAUAAAUAUCACCUUCGAAAAUAUCGUGUAUUCAAGAAAAUGGUUCAAGAUCAACAAGAAUACAGGAAAUUAAUGAGCGAGGAAUUGUAGCCUAUGAAUUCUUCCGUCCCUUUAGCCUAAAUGGAUUAAGAACAGACUAUGUUUAACAAAUGUUUUUAUAAUUGAGGGGAAUUUGAGUGAAGAUAAAUGAUCUGCGAAUUUUUGAGAUAGAUAUUUAGAAAGAAUCUCUAAAACUUAGAAUAUAUGAAUAAGUAUAAAUAUUUUAAAUGGGUUGUAGAAACUUAGAGAUUUUAGAACGAAAA